GAAACUCAACCAUAGAAACAAACACAGCAACUUCAAAAUCAAUGGCCAAACAAUGCCUUCCUUUUCUUUUGCUAUUACAGGUUUGGUUACAACUUGCUGCCGCCCGCUCCAUUGUUAAAUUUCUUCCUGGGUUGAAGGGGCCCCUUCCCUUCCACCUUGAAACAGGGUAUGUUGGAGUGGAUGAAGCGGAGGAUGUGCAGCUCUUCUACUACUUCAUCAAGUCCCAGAGGAAUCCUAAAGACGACCCUCUCUUGCUUUGGCUAACUGGUGGCCCCGGCUGCUCUGCCUUCUGUGGUCUUGUUUUCGAAAUCGGUCCAAUAAGUUUUGAGGUAAAGGAGUACAAUGGGAGCUUACCUACAUUGGUUUUGAAUCCAUACUCAUGGACACAGGUCUCCAGCAUAAUAUUUUUAGAUUUGCCUGCCGGCACUGGAUUCUCCUAUGCAAGAACCCCUCUUGCUCUUCAGAGAAGCGACUUCAAACAAGUUUCGCAUGCUGAGCAAUUUCUUCGAAAGUGGCUAAUGGAUCACCAAGAAUUUCUUGCAAAUCCAAUUUACAUUGCUGGUGACUCCUACUCUGGCAAGAUCGUUCCAGCAAUUGUUCAAAAUAUUUCUAAUGGGAACAAUGAUGGUAUCGAACCUCUCCUAAAUGUCAAGGGAUACAUACUUGGGAACCCUAUUACUGAUCCUACUUUUGAUUUUAACUCGAGGAUUCCAUUUGCUCAUGGAAUGGGACUUAUUUCUGAUGAACUCUAUGAGUCACUGAAGAAAAGUUGUGCAGGAGAAUAUCAAACGAUAAAACCGAGCAAUGCAGAGUGUCUGAAAAAUGUAGAGGCUUUUGAUAAGUGCAUUUCAGAUAUUGAAGAUGCACAUAUUUUGGAACGCAAGUGUCCUAGUGAUGCCCCACGUCUGAUAGAGACGUUGGGCAAAAGAAGAUAUCUCCGUGAGAACCCUCGAGAACUCCUCCAUUUCAAACCUGAUCUUCCUACCAUCGGAUGCCGUGCUUACGGACAUGUUCUCGCUGCUUACUGGGCAAAUGACGAUAAUGUCCGCAAAGCACUCCAUGUGCGAGAGGGAAGUAUAGAGGAGUGGAAACGAUGCAAUUAUAAAUUACCUUAUACUUAUGAAAUUAAGAGCAGCAUCAAGUAUCAUAUAGACCUUGGGAUAAAAGGUUACCGCAGAUUAAUCUACAGUGGCGAUCAUGACAUGGAGGCACCAUUCUUGGGAACUCAAGCAUGGAUAAGAUAUUUAAACUACUCUGUUGUCGAUGACUGGCAGCCAUGGCACUAUCAAGGUCAAGUUGCAGGAUACACGAGGACUUACUCCAGUCAGUUGGCAUUUGCGACUGUGAAGGUAAGGAGAUUGGUCAACUUUCCAUUUCUACUGCCCAGAGAAUUCUUACUGCAUCUUUCUGUUUACUUCGUUCUUUGGCUAAUUUGUAGGGUGGAGGACACACUGCUCCCGCGUACAGGCCUGCAGAAUGUUUUGCCAUGUUUGGAAGGUGGAUAGUUCAAGAACAUUUGUAACGAGGCUGCGACCAAAAGCUGUGUCAUGGGAAAUGGUAACUGGCCGUUGCAUCUGCCAAACUCCAUUUCUAUGGGAAGCGCAUUUUAGUUCUGCGACCAUCAACGGAAAUUGACUUGUUCUAAAUCUUG